AUGAGUAUUUACGUAUCAUCAUCAACAAGACCGGAACAUGCUGCUCCACCAGAAUUGUUCUAUGGUGGUGUAGCUGCUAAAAAGUAUGCUACCAACACUCGUGUUUUGGAAAUUCAAACAGAAAUGGCCAACAGAGCCAUUGAAUUAUUAGCUUUACCAGAAGAUGCAUGUCCUAAAUAUUUGUUGGAUAUUGGUUGUGGUUCUGGUAUUUCCGGUAAUUGUUUAUCGGAAGCAGGAAAUGUUUGGGUUGGUGUUGAUAUUUCGAGAGAUAUGUUGGAUAUUGCAAAUGAAUCCAUGGUGGAGGAUCCUACAUCAGCAAAUGGUUCGGAUUUACUUCAUGCUGAUAUGGGUAAUGGUUUACCAUUUAGACUUGGUAGUUUUGAUGGUGCCAUUUCAAUUUCAGCUGUACAGUGGCUUUGCAAUGCUGACAGAAAGUCACAUGAACCACUCAAGAGAUUACAAAAAUUCUUUGGAACACUUUAUAAAUGUUUGAGGAAGGGAGCUCGUGCUGUAUUCCAAUUCUAUCCUGAAACACCUGAGCAAACUGAAUUGAUAACGAAUAUGGCCAUGAAGGCAGGUUUUGGUGGUGGUUUGGUUAUUGACUAUCCUCAUAGUAGAAAAAUUAGAAAGUACUAUUUGGUCUUAUUUGCCGGUAUGCCAAAUAUUCCAAAGAGUGAAAUUCCAAAAGGAAGAGAAGAUCCAGUAUCACAACAUGUUAAAAACGAAAAUUCGAGGAAUGCAUCAUCUUCAAGUGGAAAGAAGAGAAAGAAUUUGAAGGAAUUCAUUAUUAAAAAGAAGGAACGUGAUAGAAAAUUAGGUAAGGAAGUUAGACCACCUUCAAAAUAUACAGCCAGAAGCAGAGGUCCUAAAUUCUAAAUUAUUAUUAAAAACUAGUUGUAUUC